AACGUGCUGGGGGGGGUGGCCUCCUUCUGCCGGCGCUGUGUCCCCGAGCCCACAGGGACCUGUGCCCCGUGUCCCCCCGGGAACGUCCUGGACCGUGACUCGGGGACCUGCCGGCCCUGCCCCCCCGGCACCUACCUGCGGGGUCACCCCGCCGAUGGGACCCCCGCCUGCCACCCCUGCGGCCCCGGCACACGCAGCAACCAGCUGCGGUCGCUGUGUUACAACAACUGCAGCCUGGCCCUGGUGCUGCGGGGCCACGUCCUCACCUACGAGUUCCCGGGACUGGGCUCGGGCCGAACCUUGGCCAGCGCCGGCAGCUUCAGCGCCAAGGGCCGGCCCUACCGGCACCUCUACAGCCUGCGGCUCUGCGGCCACCAGGGCAGGAAGAUGGCCACCUGCAGUGACAACGUGACAGAGGCGCGGGUGCCGGCCGGCAGGGACAGGGACACUGCCCGCCUGGUGACAUCGUACGUCUGCCAGGCCAUCCUGGUGCCUGCUGACGUCAUGGGCCGCAAGACAGCGGUGACGUCACAGCCCGUCAGCCUGGCAGACCGCCUCCUGGGUGUCACCACCGGCUCGUCACUGGAUGGUGUCACUGCCCCCCCUGAGCUCUUCCCCCCCGGACCCCCCGACCUGCCCGACAUUGUCUUCUUCUACAGGUCCAAUGACAUGUCCCAGCCCUGCAGCAGUGGCCGGGCCACCACUGUCCGUCUGCGCUGUGACCCGCUGCUCCCAGGCACUGGCACCCUGGCUGUCCCCAGCAAAUGUCCCGAGGGUACCUGUGAUGGCUGCACCUUCCACUUCCUCUGGGUGACAGGCGAGGGGUGUCCCCGCUGCUCCCCCGCCCACUAUCGCCCCAUCGUCGGUGCCUGUGUCGGUGGCAUCCAGAGGACCACCUUCGUCUGGCGGGAGCCGCGGCUGUGCCGGGGGGGGCAGCGGCUGCCGGCGCCGCGGGAGGGGCAGUGCCGGAGCCCCGAGCUGUGGCUGAAAGGUGGCAUCGCCGCGGGCACCGCGCUGGCCCUGCUGCUGGCCGGGGUGGCCACCUACUUCUGGAGGAAGAACCAGCGGCUGGAGUACAAGUACUCCAAGCUGGUGAUGACAGCGGUGGCCAAGGACAGCGAGCUGGUGGCCCCGGACAGCUGCGCCAUCAUGGAGGGGGAGGAUGCCGAGGACGACUUGGUCUUUGCCACCAAAAAGUCCCUUUUUGGCAAAAUCAAAUCCCUGACGUCAAAGAGGACACCGGAUGGGUUCGACUCUGUCCCCCUGAAGACCUCGUCCAGCAGCGGUGGCCCAGAGCUGUGACACUGGGGGGGACACCCGCGACCACCCCCCCCACCCCCCAUCGUGGCCUUAGGGACCCUCCUGGGAGCGGAGCUUUGUUACGGCUUUUGUACCUGUCCCCCCCUGUCCCCCCUUGUCCCCCC